GCAAGUGCUGGAACGACGUCCUAUUGUGCUGCGCCAUUUUGCAUUUCUGCAGAAGAGUCUGUUUGUUUUGAGAUAAAUUCUCUUAUUCCAGUGCAACCGGGUGUUGUGGUAGUGAACUUAAGUGUGAGACAUAAUAUGCCUGCGAUUGUUCCAUCAAUAUUUGCAGUUUGAUUUGGCAAGGAGAGGUAAAUUGACAGUGUUGGAAACUGCCUUUGGCAAGUGAUUAUGACCUACGGUGACACUUCGAGGUGAAACAAUGUUCUGGAAAUACAAUUUUGGUUCUUCGGCCCACAUAGAAACACUCUUACAGAAGGACGAUGUCACCUUAUAUGAGCUUAUGGACGAAGCGGAGCUCCUUCAAGAGUGUAAGGCGCAAAACAAAAAUCUUAUAGACUUUCUUACAAAAGCUGAAGUCCUAGAUGAGUUGGUGUGCUUAGUGGUCAAUGAACCUGCAGUUGAUGGGGAGUUGCAGAUGAGAUUUAAGUAUGCCAACUUAGCUGCAGAACUUCUUACUGCUGAUGUUCCAGCGAUCAUUAAUAAGUUGGUGGCAUCGGCUAACUUACUCGACAUUCUGUACAAGUUUUUAGAAAACACAAAGCCUUUGAAUCCUCUUCUAGCAUCAUUUUUCUCCAAGGUGCUGGGCAUGCUGGUGCAGCGUCGUUCUGAGCAGAACUGGUAUUCCUAUCAGUUCACUUGCUUCCAGGUUUUGGACUUUCUUAAAUCAAAAGGAGAUUUCGUAGAUCUGGCAGUGAGGCACGUUGGAACGUCCGCCAUCAUGGACCUCUUGCUUAGACUAAUAUGCAACAUAGAAGAAGAUGAAUUCCGUCAAGUUGUGCAUCAGUGGUUGAAUGGCAGCCAUUUAGUUGAGAGAUUAGUAGAAAGGUUAUCACCUGAUGCUGACCCAGAAGAACACUCAAGUGCCGAUAAUUUAUUAUGUGAAAUAAGUACCUCUUGUAGAGAUGUUGGUAGUGACAGCAGUCAAACUAAUCCUCUACUAUUAUCAUUAGAAAGUGAAGAAACUAUAAAUAAGUUAUUGGAUUUAUUACUUCACGAAGAACGAAAUGAAUCGUCCCUUUCUCAUGUCAUAAAUGUGCUUCUUACGCUCCUGUCGCCUAAAUCCAAUCUACAGCUUUUAAAUAAUCAGCCACCUUCACAGCAACAGCAGCAGCAACAACAGCAGGGGUUGCAGCAGUCCACUUCUGUUGAGUCCAGUGAUAGUGAUUCAAGUGAAGGACGGAAAAAUGUAGUUGCCAGAACAAUUGCUAAACGACUACCCAGUCUUCAUAAUAUUCUUCUUCACCCUCCUAAGAAAGGGUUGUUGUUAACAGCUUAUGGCCAGGAGGUAGAACCUUUAGGGAGCACACGUCUUCAGGUUGUGACAUUAGUAGCUGCCUUAGUAGCUGCUAAUGACCCCAUUGUCCACAAUGCCCUCUAUGAACUUAAUACAAUUGAUUACCUUUUAGAUUUGUUUUUCAAGUAUAGUUUGAAUAAUUUUCUACAUACACAAGUGGAGUUGUGCCUCAAUGCCAUUUUAACCAAAGCGCCCAUUGCUUCCACACCACCUGGUGAUGCAGAACACCAUCUGCUAACACAAUUAUUCACAGAGGGACACAUCAUUGAGAGACUACUUUCGGCUUAUGAAGAAACAAGUGAUUCGUCAGAAUGUAAGACUCAUAAUGUGAAAGGUUACAUGGGACAUCUUAGACAAGUAGCUAACACUGUUGUUCAACAAGCAGAGUUUGGUCCCAAUGAACACCGUAUAAAACAGUUAAUACAGGAUCUUCCUGGAGGUAAAGCAACCCAGUGGGAUGAUUUUGUUUCCAAUACCUUAGCAGAAGUUAACAGAAAGAAUGAAAUCACUCCUCUCCCGUGCUCAUGGUUUUUUGGAAUGCUGGAUGAGAAGCAGCUUCAAUUUGCAAGUUCCGGGUGCAUUUCCUUCAAGCAAGUUCUGGGGGCACACCGUCACCCUGAUUCAGAUGACGAUUCUGACGAGGAUUCAAACUUUUUCCCACAAACCGUAGACAGUCUCAUUGCCAAACAGGGCUUUAAAGAAAUGGAUAUGGAUGUGAUUGGGGAAUUUCGCUAUGCUGAUGAAGAAUUCAAAGAUCCUGAUGACAACCUAAGUGGUCCACUACAGCGAUUAUCAACUCAAGGUCUCUCAGUAUCUGGUGUCACAGGAGUUGGUAACAAUACUGCUCAAGCAGGGGUUGAUGGUGGAGGUGAAGGUGGUGUCAGUGAGAACCUCUCACUCUUUGAAGAAAUGUGUGCGAGUAGGUGUCAUGAACUUCAUGAAUUGGCCAACAUUUGGAAUAUCAAAGAAAAAGAAAUAACGUUCAGUCAAGAUCCUGUCAAAGAUGAAAGUUCAAAAGACAAAGAGGCUGGUUCAAGCUCUGACGAGGAGGAAGAGGAGGAGACACCCACAUUCAGAUCCUCUGAAACGAAGAUGGAUGUAGAUGACUGGGCUGAAGUGUUUGAUCGGCGGUCAUCUUUAGAGAAGGGUGAUUCAGAUGAGCCUGUUAACCCUUGGCAGUCAGCACCUGUUGCUGACACAUCAGAUAAUACUGGCUGGGCUGAUUUUGGUGCCUUUCCAUCAGGUGCUGGUGACAAUGCUUUUGCCAAUCCAUUCCAGAAAGCUGAAAAGAAUACAUUUUCAGCAGACUUCAGUUCCAGUUUUGGAAUUGCUUCUCAGGAAAAUAGCUCAAAUGCUGUCUUUGGUGACACAACUUCCAGCCAUGAGAGUUUUAAAGCAGAUUUCUCCAGUGUCAAUUUUGGUCAGUUUGGAACUAACUGUGAUGAAUCUAAAGGUGUCACUGAUGGUGUUGAUUUGCCUAACAGUGAAAAACCCCCAGCCGAAUCUAAUGACCAAGAGGAGUCUUCGGAGCCAGGAAAAGAUGAAGAUCUUAUGGACAAUUUCAACUUUCUCUCAUCCCGCGGCCUUCUGAAGGGUAGUAGUGAAGGUGAAGAUGCUCAGAAGAGUGGUGAUGCUGGGCUUAGUCAGGGUGAUGCUGACAUGGAAAGUCAGCAGAAUUCUGAUGCAUCUGCACAGCCCAAAAGCUAGUCACUUUUGAAAGGUACUUAUGGUGGAUUCUGUCAUUUUAUUAUGUCUGAUGGGAGAGCUGGCUGCAUCAGUAUGAGAUAAUUGCCUUGAAGUUACACAGUUUUGUUUCAAGAUACUUGAUCAAGAUGUAAUUCUGAAAGGUAGCUGUUGGAUUUAAUGGACUUGUUGUACAAAUGCCUCAUCAGUGUCUGCCUGUCCUUUCUCCCUUGCCUGUGAUGUUUAUGAUGGUCAUCUACCCAAACAUUAAAUAAAAAGAAAUAGUACAUAUAUAUAAAUAUUUACAUAAAUUACAUCCUUGACCAUAUCCAAAGGUAGGUCUGGUACUUGUUGGGACUCAUUUUUAAUCCCUAGGCCUUGGCUCCUCCUCCAUUAGCUUUUUACCUAUUGUGUGUUAGAUCAGAAAUAAAAUGUUAUACCUCUAAUAUUGUUUCCAGUUGUACAAUGGUGAUAAUCUUAACAGAAGAAAAGAGAUACGAGGUACUCUCACAUAGGAGAAGUACUCGUCAGCAGUAGGUAUACCGUGUCCCUUAGCAAAGACCACCAUGUGUAUUAAACUUUUUGCCAUUUGGGUACAUUUUAUAUAUGGCAUCUCAUUUGUUUGAUUAGCCAGUUUUUUCUUUUUUGUAACAUUAUGUUGGUUGUGGGACUUAGGAAAAUCAUGUAUUCUUUACCCCACAGUAACUUGAUGUCAUGUUCAAACAUUUCUAUAACUUUUAAGUCAUAGUUGAACCUUCAACAUGUUGACAUUAAAUUAGGCACAAAAUUUGAAAAUUGGUCAUAGAGUAUAUAUAGUGCUUCACUGAUUGCACAUUUUGCUGUAGAUGUUACUAGCACUAGGUAUUUCUUCAAAGGCAUUGGUUAAGUCAGACAUUUUAGCUCUUUGAAAGAUAUGUAUGCAUUAAAGUUACAGGGAGAGGGAACAACUUGUAUUGCUACACUUAAAACUACAUUCAUAUUUUGGUUGUGUUUAGAUUUUUUGUUAUAUAUAAAGGAAAUUUUGCUGUGAUGUCAGAUACCUUGAACUUGUGUAUGUACUGGGUUACAUGCAAAUUUUGUAGUCAUUUUAUAUAAGUAUUUGAGAUACUCUUGGUGAAUUUUUAAAUAUUUUCACUUGUAGUAUUGUUAAGAUUUUCUUAAGUUUUCUUAAGCUGUUGCUCAGAAAAUUUCAGCUUUAUCGCAAUUGAAGUUCCUACCUUUUUGAUAAGGUACAGUUGUGCUGCUCCUUUUUUCUUAAACAUUUGAACUGGUUUUGGAUCGCUGUUCUUUAGAGAUUAGGUUUAUUAUUUGAGGGCAAGUUCUUAUUGAGAAAUUUACCUUAUUUCAUUCCAAGAAUUUACAAGUACUUUACUAUAUCAACACAAGGAGCCAUUCACAAGUAUGAAUACAACCAUUGUUGUUAAUUUUUAUGGAUCAUUAAAGAAACUUGACCCCUUUUGCAGUAUUUGUUGUUUGAACUCCUAACAGAUGACAUGAAUGAAAUAAUUAAAGGUAAGUUUUCUGUAUACCAUUCUCUUCUUAUCUGCUAACUUGAACUACAAUCAUACAAUGAAAGUGUUUCAAAAGUGCCACUCUUAUAAUUUUACAUUCAUAUUUAACCAUUAAUUUGUAAGUUCAGAUUCUUCUCUGUCAGUAACAAUGAGAGGAAAAUAUAGUGUUGUGGCCUCAUACUGAAAGCUCCAAUCCAACAUUAUUAGCAUUGUAACACAUGGUAGUGUAUCAUGGCAUACUCCUGCUGCAUCAGUUAUUAAUAAAUUUUUAACAAUUAAUGGACUUAGAGAUUGAUUUAUUGCAAAUUAUGUUUCAAUAGUUUUUUUUAUUCUUAACAGUAUAGUACUAUAUACAUACCUUGUCAAACUACAUACCCACUUUCAUGGAAUGCCAAAUUUGACAAUUUAUUUUACAUAUGUUAGUGGUUUUUGUUAUCCAGCUUCACUAACUAGUAUAAAGGAAUUAAUACUGUAUUUUAAAGCUCAUUCCAGUUUAAUAGACGUUUCUAUGAAUCUUGAACAUCUUAUUUUAGAUCAUAUUAUUGAUAAAUGUGUUAUUUUCUCAUUUUUGUACGUAUGCAAAUUUUUGUGUUCACGCAACAUAUACUGUAGACAUAGUUAUAUAACUAUUAAAUAUUGGUUUUUUAGUUCAAGAAAUAGUGGUAAAAUUAUUUUCAAUAAGCAAUGUGCUAGCUGCAAAACUAGGCAGAGCUAUACUUAUGAUUUUUUAAUGAUUCUGGGAUUCGCAGCUUAACUGUGUAUGGUACUUGACAAAAAUGAAAUACGAUUGAAACAACGGACUUUUCUUUUGCUUAUGAUUUAAACAAUGGACUUUCUUUUGCUUAUCCUACUUCUUUAUCCCUUGUAAUUUAUGUUCAGAUCAAUGUGUCCUCAAUAUCUUUGUUUUCAUUGUGGUAGUAUUUCAAAACUUCAUUUUUUAAGUCUUGUUGUUAAAAUUCUUGUUUGAUAAAAACAUCCCUUUGUAAUAAAUACUAAGAAGGAAUUAUAGUAUGAUUUUGGGGGGGAGGGAUUAGUGUGAGCUGAGGGUCUUUCUGUUGGGUUGGCAUUUUGUAUAAUUUGUAAGUGUUCCCAUUUCCUGAAGAACUUUUUGCAAACCAUUCAGGUAUUUAAAACAUUUUAUAUUUUGAAUGGGAGGAACCACUGCUAAUGGCCAACAAACUGUUGAAGCACGAGAAUGGCUUUUUUAAGAAUAUGCAUCAAAAUGUUUCCAUUUGUUAAUAGUUCGUUUUUAUAUCCAUGGGGGAAUUUCUUUCCUUUUUGGUCUUUGUCAUUGUGCUCUUAACUUUCCACCAGCUUUUAGAAAAGACUCCCUCUGUAUUAAAAGAAAUGAUGAUGUCUUGAAAUAUGUGUCACUUACGAGUUAAGAAGGUUAACUCAGUGGUAUGAUUCAACUAUUUAAAAAUAACAAUAGUAAUAGUACGGUAGUAGAUUUGGAAUCCCAGUAUAUAAUAUAACCUUUUAGUAAGAAUGUGCCUGGACAAAUUAUGCCAGAAUACUUGUCAACCUAUUUUGGAUGAUUUGUCAAUUUGUUUUACAUCUUUGCUCAUGGAAGGAAACUAUCACAUUAAUUUUAUGAAGUUUCGAUGGAUAUCCAUUAAUAGCUGUCACCAUCAUUUUAUUUACUGCUACUAACCAACAAAAUGUAUUAUAAUACCAUGCAAUAAAUAUUUUUUGUCCUGACAUUUUUAAGUUUUUUGGUGAGUGAGGGGGAAAGCAUUAUCUAUCGAGAGAGAGUUGUAACUGUUGGCAUUUAAUAUUCACUGAUGGGAUAUAAUAUAGUAUACAGAGUUAAUGGAGUGAUCAUUAUUUUGGUUUUGGUUGUUGGUCAUUGGCAGUCCUUGGAAGUGGUAGAUGGCUAUUGAUGGUGAUUUGAAAGUGUCAGUUUUCAUGAAACUGUGUAAUCAGCUGUUGCAGGUGUGAAACUGGAUCAAAAUAAACUUCAGACGUCCAUCUUCGUGAUACUAUUCCUAUGGUAAUUUUUAUAUUACGUCAAGAGAGUGUACAUUAUGUGAGCGAUGAUGCCUUGUUUAAAAAGAUCCACAUUGUAAGUCACUUACUUGUGUAUAGAAAAUGUGUAUACCUAUGUACUUUUGUAUUGGAUGAUCAUUGUAUUCACCAAAGAAGUACUCAGACCUUUCACUCUUAUUUACUACAUACUGGUUUCAGAGCAGCACACAGGUAGGGAUUUUCCAUGUUAUAUUACUAAGAAGUUGAGAACCUGCAAAAUGGCAGAGUGCUUUGAGAAAGCCUCCUUAAUAUGGAAAUGACUGCUAUUUACUGGUAUCAUGUAAAUUGAUCUUGAUUUUUGUUUUUAGAAAUGUUAUAAGUUAAUCUGGCACUCAAAAAUAUUAUUUUGUGACAUGGAGGGUUGAUCUCUCUAUGGUUAGGUAUUUGUUGAUGUUAUUUAUUUGAACAAGAGACGUUAUGUUUCUUACAGUGAAAGUUAUUUUUUAACCUGCCAUGCAGUUAAAUGAUGCAAAACAUAUGGCAGUUAUGUAUUAACGAGAAGUAAAGAAGCAGUCAUUUUAGUAGGUUUCUACUAAUCAGUUUCUGUAUGCUGGGAAUGCUUAGACUGGUAUAAUAGUUCUCAUUCCAUCUUUGGACAUGUUUUUAUUAGAAAUGAAAUGUCUUAUGUUUUUCAUUUUCCUUUCGUGUCAUUGCCUCCCUGACCAUCAAAAAACCAUCUGAAUUGUUUAUUGUGUAUAAUACUUUAUCUGGUGCUUCUUUUAAAAGGGAUACUAUGACUUGUAAUUCAUAUUGCAUUGUUAUUCAUCACUAAAUUGGGUGAUAAUGCAACUUCCUCUUGCCAUUUUCUGUGGUUGUUACGUACUGCAUUUAUGUUGAUCUUUCAAUACUCAAAUAUAUUCCCAUUUAUGAAAUGUAGAUAUUGGAUCAUUUUUAUUACUAAUUCAGUGUUAUUGUAACAAACUUUUACUAAGGAAAAAUUAUGAUGGUGAGAUUCAUUCAUUCCUGCUUUUUAUGUGCACAAGAGGUGUCUGCAGUGGGAGGUACGGGAUUUUGGCUCUAUUUCAUACAUUAUCAUUUUGGUUCUCAUUUUAUGAGCAUGAAGAAAGUAUCUUUAUACAAAUACCCAAAAGUUUUUCCUUAAAAAAAGGGAUAGGUAUUUAAUGGCUAAGCAAAGGCUAGAUCUUUCAUAUAAAAUAGUUGGUAAUUGAGGGUCUACCUGUAAACAUUUUAUUGGAACUAUGUAUUAAGUUAAUACUUAUGGGUUGAAAUUGUUACUUAAACAAUGUUUAAUCCUGAGCACUGACAGCAAUUAACUGUGCUGUUACUGUCAUUUUUGCCAGAAGGAUUUUUUCAGUGAGGAAUGAAGAGUAGGUCAGCAACUUUCCCAUAUUUGUUGGUUUAAUGAGAAUAAUGAUUUACUGUAAUUCUUAAGUCAAAUUUUAUAUUGGUGCAUCAUCAUAGAAAGUAUAUUGAAGAAUGGUUCCAUCUUUGGCUCCCUGCAGGCACCUUGUUUCUGUUGGAGUGUGUAAAUCAUUGUCCAGUGAUAAUUACUGUUGUGCUCUGAUGAAAUAUUUCACUGCUGCCUGUGAUGCCAUACCAAAAGACAAAACCUGUAACAUAUCUAAUUCCAUACUCAACAUGAGUGAAAUGUAGUCCAUAUUCUAUGCAUCUAAUCUUAACUGUUAGUAUUGGAAUAUAAUGAAAUGGUUGGCCUCGAGUCAUUCCCUGUCAAAAUUGGGCUCACUGAAACCCAGAUAGAUACCCUGAUGCCUGUUAAAUUUGCAGCGCCAGACUGAAGGUUAGCACCUACUUUAAACAGAGCAUUCGUACAAUUUUAUCAAUUUUGGUGCUAUUGUUCACUUUAUUCUUAUGGGUUUGUGUAUUGCAGUUUGGAAUAGUUUCUCUGAAACAUGGGGUAUAUAUAGAUAUAAUAUAUAUUUUGUUUUUGCUUAUUUGCAAAAAUGUAUCAAACUAUUGUACUUACAUAUUUUGAAACCCAUCCAGUAUGUUUAGUGGAAUAAAGAAUUGUAACAAGAACAGGUCAGAUUGUCUUUGAAAAGAUUCAAAGAAAUCACAUCUGACAACUCCCUUUUUUCAUUUUUUAACUUUUAUAUCACUUGGAUGAUAUAUACUUAUGAAAAUCGCAUUAUUCAAGUAAUUACCAUUUUAACUGGAAUUACCUUUGAUAAAAUAAAAUUAGAAUGCAUUGCCAUAACUUCCCUAAGCACAAAAAAACAUUCUCAAAGUGGGGACAUGUGAUUGAAGUUUCAGUUCCUGAACACGCUCCUCUCAUCAACUGAUAGCCUUAUUAAGUAAUGAUUUAUCAACAAUUUUGUGUUACAGUGUUUCAAGUUACACUGCCAUUGCAAACUAAUUUGUCUUGUAUACUUUUCAGUGGAAAACAAGUUUUAUAGUUCCAGUUUUAAAUUACUUUGGUGCCAGUGAUGUGUAUUUAGGUUAAAUCUCAAGUAUUAAUGAGAAUGGCAUUCCACUGGUAUUGGCAAGGAAGCCUUCCUCAUCUCCAGCAAACAUCUGCUGUUGACAAGGAUGUUUAGUAUUUAAGGUUAUAAACAAAAAAGGAUAUAGAGGUAGAUUGAGGUACUGUAGUUUGCAUUAGUUUUCAUCAUAUCACUCCCAAUGGAGGGGAGAUGAAGGGAGAGCUAAUCUCUUUUUCCUCCUAUCACACAAGAAUCAGAUGGAUGUCAUAAUUGGUAACGUUUUUAUUACGUAAACAUAUUAUCAAGAUGGAGCUUCUGAGUGAGUGCAGAGAGAGGAUGGCCAUCAGGCUAUUCCUUCAUCCCACUUGUAUGAAUUAGUAGAGAACCUUAACAAUGAUGUAAAUAAAGAGUACCUUUAAAUAUA